AGAAGAAGAAGAAGAAGAAGAAGAAGAAGAAGAAGAAGAAGAAGGCGAGAGUUUAACUUUACACACUUUUUUUUUUUUUUUUUUUUUACAACUCAAAUCUUGGUGUUGUGGAUUUCUGUCUCACGGCGAUUAAGGUAAAUUGAAUUAGCCAUACGGUGUGCGGUUAUUUGACAGCCCGUAGAGGCAGCACGGAGAGGUCGGUAAGUAAACGUCAAAGUUCGUAAACAGAUGCCCCGUUACGUGUUCACUGUUGGAUGUAGCUAGGGACGAUAACGUCACGCACUCCAUAGAAAAAUAUGGCAAUUUAAUGUGACUUUUGUUUAGUAGAACAUAAGUCUGUAGACUUUUGUUUAGUAGAACAUACACAUCUGGAGAACUUAGAACCUUUUCCGAAUGUAACAUUCGAAUGUUAUUCCGAAUGUUAUUUUACGUUCUAACGAAUGUUCAAUUUAAAAAAAGAACCCCGAUUUCUAAAUAUUUUCAAAUUUUAGGAUAGGCUAGUUUGUCUGGCUACCCCGCAUUGAUAUUGAAAAUUUGGCCACCCUGUUCAACAUUAGCUAACAUUAGCAAAACACACCCACGCAGGAAGUAACGUUAGCGCUAACCGAGAUUGACGCAGAGCUAAUAUAGCAUUACAGUAUAUUUUGUUUCAAUAAAGCAUUCAAUGGUGGAGUAUUGACCAUAAGACCACAACUAUUUUUCAGCGUUAUACAAUGUCAGGGCCUCUGCCGACAAAAAAGAAAAUAUUGAAACGGACAAAUCUUUAAAGGGAGUCAAGUCUACAACAUUUGAAUAGGACGCCCGAGCUAAGCCUCAGCUUGCUGUUGACUCAGUAAUAGCUAGACCAAGUUAGCUAACAUUAGCUGUUAAUAUGCCAUAUAACGGCAGGUUGACUUGCAAACUUGCUAAGUUAGGUUAGCUAUUGUUCCCCUAGCCAUGACUGGUCGCUAUUUGUGGAUACUUUGUCGAGAUUCGACGUGUAAGUUAGUUUAGAGUGUAACACAAGCUAGCCAAAUAACUUUAACCAGCUAACAGGCAGCUUGUUGAAGUUAAAACCCUAAUGUUUAUUUGCUAGCACCGCUAUACCUCAGAUAAUAAAACAAAUAAUGCCUUUAAUGUGGUACAUAACGCUGUCACACUCAACGAUAUUCCGUUAAACUGAGCUAGUUCCACUUUAAGUGGGACCACUACCAAAAUCUGGUAGAUCAGCUGUUAAUUUUAGUUAAUUUCAAGAUAAGUGAACUGCCUGCCAUUGUAGAUUUUGUCAUAAUUUGUCUUUUAACUCAUUGAUAUGUACCCCCUCCCUACCCCUCAAGUUUCCUGCCCAGCCACAUUCCAUUUAAUGGGAAGGGGAACUGAGGAAAAGAUAACAGUGGGGAAUGAUCUGGAGCAGUGAGAGGUUGUGGCGGCCUCAUCAGUAGCUGUCACCACGGCGGGGGACCUUCGGACCUCGGUCUGCAGGGUGGUUAUUUACCUCCAAAGGGACAUGUCCGGGGACAGCUGCCUGUCCCAGCAUCACACCCAGUCCGACUCCACCUCCCUAGCCCCUCCUCUGGCCUGUCCCAAGACCAAGACCAAGACCAAGACCUGCAGUUAUCGAGGAGCGGUAGGCCUGGGCAACAAGUAUGUCCGGCUCAACGUCGGCGGGACCCUGUUUUACACCACACUGCAAGUGCUGACCAGGCAGAACUCCAUGCUGAAAGCCAUGUUCAGCGGAAAGAAGGAAGUGUUCACUGAUAAAGAAGGUUGGAUCCUGAUCGACCGUUGUGGGAAACACUUUGGCAGCGUCCUGUGCUACCUGCGUGAAGGCAAAGUCACCUUACCCAAAGGUCGUCAGGCUAUCCAGGAGCUGCUGGCUGAGGCAAAGUAUUACCUCGUCCAGGGCCUAGUGGAGCUUUGUCAAAACACCCUGCAGGGAAAUAAAGAGCAACCCCUGUGUGUUAUACCUGUGGUCACCUCCAGUAAGGAAGAGGAGAGGCUCAUCCAGUCUUCCACCAAGCCUGUGGUAAAGCUGGUGUACAACAGAAGCAAUAACAAGUACUCCUACACCAGUAACUCAGAUGACAACCUGUUGAAGAACAUCGAGCUGUUCGACAGGCUGUCUCUUAGCUUCAACGGUCGCGUCCUCUUCAUCAGAGAUGUGAUUGGAGACGAAAUCUGCUGCUGGUCCUUUUACGGUCAGGGUCGCAAGCUGGCUGAGGUCUGCUGCACCUCCAUCGUCUAUGCCACAGAGAAGAAGCAGACCAAGGUGGAGUUUCCCGAAGCCCGCAUCUAUGAGGAGACUCUGAACACCUUGCUUUACGAGACGAUGCCGCUGCCCGACAACUACCUGCUGGAGGCCACGCGUCGGAGCUACACUAACUGCGGCUCUCACAGCGAGGAGGAGGAGGGGCCCGGAGGAGCGGAGCUUCGCGAGCGUGUCCGGCGAAUCCACGUCAAGAGGUACAGCACGUACGACGACCGGCCACUGGGACACUGAGACUGAAACCACAAACCGCUGGACAGAUUUCAGCUUUUCACAUUAAUGAUGAACAUUCAAACGUGAAAUCUGUUGAUGCUCAUAUGUUUCUCUUUUGAAUUGUUUUAUUAUCUUACUUUCUUUACCACUUUCUAAGAAGUCCAUAUUGUGGCCUUGAUGUAAUUGCAUCUGACUUUUUACUCUAGAUAGUUGUGGUGUUGUCUACUCUGUCCUUCAUAAUUUAUGAAUUAUUAUCAGGAGUCUGAGUAACUACUUCAAAUAUCAAGAGAACUGUAGGGUUUUUUUAUUAAAUGUAGAUUAGUAGUGGAGGAAAAAUCACUAAUAUGCACUACAAUCAUAGCACUUACACUCUGAAUCAGCAGGAGAGCAUGUCUUAUAUUUAUAAAUUGUAUUUUUCACAUACACAUUUACAGCAGCCUGUUUGCCAAAGAUGAACCUGUUUUAGUUUUUCCAAUUAGUAUGCCUCUAAGGUGUUUUAAUGCAGUUUACCAUAAUGCCUUUUUUCCAGUUGUGAAGAUAAAAGUUGUUAUUCAGCCA